UCAUUAUCUUGUUUAUAUAAUACUGCAUCCAGCUUUGCCAGAGUCAUUAAUAUAUAGUAAAGGGUGUGGCUUUAUCACUGCCUACUCGUCAUAUGACAUAUCAGCAAUACAUAAAGCAAGCAGCUCUCUCGAAUCUCUGUCACAUUCAGUCGAGCUUUUCAGGGUUUCCUCCAGGUUUUCUCUUUUCUCUUCACCCAAGGGAUAUUUUGCAACUGUUCCAAAUGCAGAAGGAAGAGGCACCACACUGGAACCUCUCUGUCACAGUGCUACGAGGAAAGUUCCAGCAUUCAUAUGACCUCUUUUCUCUGCCUGACCUCUAUGUGACCUUACGCCUACCCACGGCCUCAGCUUGUACCCUGAGAACGAAGACAAUACAUAACUGCAAGACACCGGAGUGGAAUGAGACCUUCUUGUUCCGCACCUACAGCCAGGUGAAGAAUAUUCUGGAGCUGAAUUUGUAUGACGAAGACUUAGUGAAGGAUGAAGAAUGCACCAGCAUCCUGUUCGACAUCAGCACCCUCACACCGGGUCAGAAAGAGAAAAAGGUCUUCAUCACGGAUGAUAAGCUGAAGGACGAGCUGUGGGUGGAAUUUGAGCUCACAGAGAGCUCUGAUGCGCCUGGUCAAUACAUCUCUAACGGAAUUCUAGUGGCCGCCCCGUUGUCUACUCUGGAGGUGAAGUUGGACAAACUGCCCACUAACGUUGGACAUGAUAUGCUGUUAAAGUUACGAGGGGCCUAUAAUGAAAGACAAGUGAUCUCAAUGUCCAAGAACAGCAGCCUCAUGCAGACUCUUCGCUACUACAUCAACAAAAACCUGGAGACCGAGCUUGGACUCCGGAUGGUGAAGGAUGAUAAAACCUCCCACCCUGCGGCAGUUCCUUUAACCCCUUUUGUAGCCUCACGUGAAUUUACACUCUCUGUUCCUGUGGCAAAGGACAAAGUAAAUUUGCAUUUGAACACAGUGGACAGCUCUGAGGAGGACAUGAAUGUGCGUCUGGAUUUUGACAUACCUGCAGAGGAGAAGGCGUUUCUGGUGAAAAGGAAAGAGGUGGUGUCCCGCGCACUGGAGAAAAUUCUCAACCUUCAAACUCCUUUGGAUCCCAACCAGGUGCUGACGGUGGCUGCGGUGUGUUCAGGAGGUGGCUCCAGGGCCAUGACGGGCAUGUACGGCUCUUUGAGAGGACUGCAGAGCCUCGGCCUGCUCGAUAUCAUCACCUACAUCACCUCUGUGUCUGGCUCCACCUGGACCAGUGCUAGUCUCUACUCUGACCCGUUUUGGUCAAAUGAAGACCUGAAUAAAGCGAUAGCAUCUGUGCGGAAGGAGCUGUCGAAAAGCACAGCUAGUGUCCUCUCUCCUACACAGCUGCAUUAUUAUCACACUGAGCUGCAGAAGAGAGAGAAAGAAGGCCACUCCGUCUCCUUCAUCGAUACCUGGGGGCUCAUCAUAGAACACCUCGUCUUUGGCAAGAAACACACAGGUACGCUGUCUGACCAGAGGAAGGCAGUCUCCGAGGGCCAGAACCCACUCCCUAUCUACACAGCAGUGAACAUGAAGAAGGAUGCCAGUGGCUCCACGGUCCCUGAGUGGUGUGAGUUUACUCCAUAUGAGGUGGGAUUCUCCAAAUAUGGAGCAUUUGUCCCUGCAGAAACUUUUGGGAGUGAGUACUACCUGGGUCAUGUGGUUAAGAAGCUACCAGAAACACGCAUCCCCUUCCUCAUGGGCAUUUGGAGCAGUGUUUUCUCUAUUAACCUGGCAAAGAUCCUGAGUUCUUUGACUGGAGAGACACCAUCCUGCCAGGGAGAAAAGGUAGAUAAGAUUGAGACAGAUGAUAAGCACCCAACGCUGGAUACUUUGAGGGUCGGUUCAGAGGCUUCAGGAUUGAGCAACUUCCUGAAUGAUCGCCCCAUCAUCAGCAGUGUGUUUAACUUCCUUAGAGGAUUUUUCCUGCACAACUUGUACAACGAAAGCCCAAACUUCAACACCUCGAAGGAGACACACCCAGAUGCAUUUCCGAACAAGCUGACUCCAGUGGACCCCACCCUGGGCUUAAUGGAUUCUGGAUUUGCCAUUAACAUAGCCUUCCCUCCUGUGCUUCGACCCCACAGACGCGCCGAUGUCAUUCUGUCCCUCAGCUACUCCUGGGAUGAGGACCACUUACAGGUCGUGAAGGACACUCAGCAAUACUGCAAUGACCACCAGAUACCAUUCCCAAAGAUAGAUUUCAGCAAGUACACAUCUGAGCCCAAAAAGGAAGUGUAUGUUUUUGCAGAUGAGAAGAAUCCUGAUGCUCCCAUAGUGCUCCACUUCCCGCUGGUCAACGUCUCAUUCAAAGAGUAUAAAGCACCUGGAGUAAAGAGAACAGGAAAGAAGGAGCUGAAAGAAGGAAAAGUUGAUGUGAGCUCUAAGUACUCUCCAUACCUUACCACACACCUCACAUAUUCUUCGGAUGACUUCCAAAGACUGGUGGACCUCAGCUCCUACAACAUUGUUAACAAUAAAGAAACCAUCAUAAAUGCACUAAAGAAAGCUCUGAUCAAAAAAGGGCUUGCAGGCAUGACCUCAGCUGAAGAUACAAAUAACUGCAAAGUAAGUUAAGCAGUGGUGGAAGAAAUGAAGGACAAAGUCACUUAAUCGUAUUUGCAUGUUAAUGAGGUUUCACAGUUAAUCACAGCAUGUUUGAAUUUUCCUAUAACAGCACGGUCUGUCGUGUGUUAUUCUGUUACCUGCUUUGGAGAAUUACAUGUGAUUAUUAUAAGUGCUUGUACUUAUCUGGAGAUGAGUAGAGCUUGUCUAUAAGGAGUUUCUGGAAUAAAUCGAAUCUGAAUCA